AUGACGUCACCACAGCUGUUGUGUGCGCACUGGAAGGUCAACUGCAGUUCCAUUCUCUCUCCAUUUUCCCUGCCGUGGCAAUUUCUACAGUGUGGUGCCGACGAGUGCCUCCUGCAGGUCCCUUCCGACGGAGCCUCAGACGAGGGGCGCCCCGAGGUGUUCCUUGCUCGUGCCCAAGUGCUGCCCGACUCCUGCCUCUAUAUGCCCCAAGGGUGGCAAUGGCAAGUGCGUGCCGAGGAAGACACGACCUUCCUCUGGCUGGCUUGGCAGGACGACCUCGUGCUUCGUGAUGACGUCAUCGCUGCUCUCCUCCCGCCGGAUGAGGACGACCAAGGCAGGGGGGGCGAGGAUGACCAGGCUCAGAGCGGGCGAUCUGCGGGGGGGAAAUCAACCAACACCAGGACUGGCGCCAAGAAGGGGAAGUCGACAGGUCCUGCGACUCUGUGGGAGAUCCUGCCCACUGACCCCCUGCCCCCCCUGGUCCUGUGGGGCGAGCAGGACCCACUCCCCCACCUCCUGGGCCAGUACCUCCUCUCAGGCCACCAACUCUCCUUCGACGCCUUCUACGAGCGUUUUCGGAUCGACCGGCUUCUUCUGCCAGACCUAGUCGACUGCCCGCCCGAGUGCCAGGCCCUCGCCGCCUCCAUCUUCAGCCUUCUGGACGCGAGCGCAGAUGGUCUCCUGAACCAGCUGGACGCCACCUACCUGACCCGGGCCAGCGUCAGGUCACUCACGCUGCAGCUGGAUGACCUUCUGGACGAGUUGAGGGACAUGGGGACAGAGCAGUGGGUGCACGUGGUUCAGGGCGACUCCGGACCCAGAGAAGCCUUCUUAGGGCGAGCCAAGGACCGCAUGGUGUCUUCGGCGCAGUCUCAGGUCAGGCGCUGGAUUGACGGGGAUCUCGAAGGCGCGGACGAGGAGGCGCUGAAGGAGCACCUGCCGGAGCUGUUCUCGCAGGUCGUCGCGGCGAGGGAGAAUACGGAUGGAAAGGAGGAGUUGUAACCUUUCUGUCAAAAUAAUAAUAUCUAGUGAGUGCUACGGAUUUCAAGUUAUUUGAAUAAAU